GCUAUUCGAUAUUUUUAUUUAUAACACUGUUCCAAAAUCUACAGAAGAUUUCACGCUUGAUUCAAUGCUCAAUAAUUGUUUUUCUUUCCGUAAAAUCUUUGAAUUCUAUUUUCUAAUUCUCGUUCCAGAAUUUGGCUCUUCCUUCUGACCCAAUGGUAGGUUAAGUUUUGUACAUAUUUUGACAUAAUGUAUAUCUGUGAGGAAAAAAUAUAACAAAAAGAUAGAGUAAUUUUUAAAAAUUAUGAACUUUUUGAGAAUAGAAAUAUAAAACAGAACAUAUGAAAGAUUUCGAUGUUUUUUAAAAAUCCUAUGUAUCCUAAUUGAAAAUUAGUUAAUUUAACUCAUUUCACAAUAAAUUAAUUUUAGAAAUUUUUCAAGUGGAAUGUGUUUGUUUUUCGAAUUUCGAUUAUCCUUUUACUUAAUCACUAACGGAUAUUUGAAUAAUAUAUAUUUUAUAUUUAUAUUCGCUUAACAGAUUUUAAAAAUCUAUUCUCGUUUUAUUUAUCGAUAGUAUUGAAGUCAGAUUCAUGGAAUUAAUUUACAAUUAAAGACAAAUUCACGCAAUAGCGUAACAUCAUAAAAUAAUUAUAAUAUUUUCCUUCUAUCGAUUAAAAAGCGCAAAUCAAAUAUAUUUUAUCAUAAUUUUAUUAAUUUUAUUUUUGAUUUAAUGUUAUUGCUAUAAAAGAAUUAUUUAAAUGUACUAAUUAUUAAUUUUUAUUAUUUUUAUAGAUAUUUUUUGCUAAUAGUUAAUUGCAAAAAUAAAAUUAUAAUUAAUAAAAAUAUUUAUAAAAUUCACAUUUCAAAAUUUUAUAAUAAUACAUAUAUAAUACAUAUAUAUGAUAAUUUUUCGCUAAUCUUCAUAUCAUAAUAAAUCAUUUAUCAAAUUAGUUUUUAGAAUUAAUUCUUUUUACAAUUUUUUUUAUAAGAUAAAAUAAAUCACAUAGUAAAUUAUUAACUUAAAUACGUAUAAUAUAUUUUAAAAGAUUACAUUCAUAUUUUUGAGGUUGUAUUCAAUCUCAUAUAUUAGAAAUCUAAGGUGAAAGAGAAAGAUAGAUAGAGAGAAAGAAGAAAAGAAAAUAAGUGUACGUGAAAGAGAGAUAAAUAUAAAGCAUUAUAGAGAAGGGGACAAAAUGUCUGCGGAUCUUAAUAUGUUUACUAGCAAACGUUUACAUGCAACCUGACAUGCUUGAUAUCGUUCGAGAAAUGACUAAUGAAGUGGUAGAAAAACUGUGGCGUGAUGGCCGUAUCUUUUAAUCGAUAUCUUAUUUUACCUGAAAUUGAAAAAAGUGACUUCAAAGUAACUCAAGAAAAUAAACAUAAAUACACGGAUGAAAAUACCUCAAGAAAUUCAUCUAAUGAGCAGAAAACCUCCGUGAUACCGGCAACUGUACCUUUGUGUGUUCUGGGUGAUGUCCAAUUACGUUUUCUGUGUCCAGAUGAUUUGGAAGAAGUACGAGCACUCUGUCAAGAUUGGUUCCCUAUUGAUUAUCCUUAUUCAUGGUAUGAAGAUAUAACAAGUUCCUCACGGUUUUAUGCACUUGCAGCUGUAUAUGGUGGAGUAAUAAUUGGACUCAUUGUCGCGGAAAUAAAGCCUUAUGCUAAAUUGAACACAGAAGAUCGUGGUAUUUUGUGUUCAAGUUUAGGAAAUGAUUGUUUAGUUGGUUAUAUUCUUAGCUUAGGUGUCCGUCGCGCAUAUAGAAGAAAUGGGAUUGCAUCAUUAUUAUUGGAACAAUUAUUAGCACAUGUCACUGCUCCAGAACGUUCUUCCGUAAAAGCAGUCUUCCUGCAUGUAUUAUCUAGCAAUGCACCAGCUAUUUUAUUUUAUCAAAGAUGUCAUUUUCGAUUACAUAGUUUUCUACCUUAUUAUUAUGUAAUUCAUGGCAAAUGUAAAGAUGGUUUUACUUAUGUUCUCUACGUCAAUGGGGGACAUGCACCACGCGGUAUUCGGGAUUGGUUGCGUCAUAUAGCCAGUGCAAUGGCUAGUCUUGGACCAUGCAGAAUACCCCGUUGGAUUUGGCAACGACUUCUUUGGGUUACUACUAUACUUUCAUAUCAUAGAUGAUACUUUAUGACGAAUACCAAUGUUAAACCAAAUAUUUUUUUUCUUAUUUUUAAAGAAAUACAUAUUGCAUAGAGUAUGCUAAUUUGGGUAUUAUACCUUAGCAAUAAAAUUAUUAGCUUUAUAAUUGUCUUCACAAUUUUAUGAAAAUUUUGUGAAAAAUAAUUUAUUACUAAAAUGACAAUACUUAAAUCAACAAGUAUCAGUUUUUAUUCAGUUGAGAAUAAUAUAAUAGAACAAAAUUUUAUUGUAUUUACUUUGUCAGAAUCAAAUUUUGUAAUUCUUUCACCGUGGAUUAUAUUAUUAAAUAAUUUGAUAAUUUAAGAUUUAAGAUAAAUAACAUAAAUAUAAUAAGAAUAAAGCCUUUAACUGCCAGAGCAUUUGAUCGGUUCAAAAUAUUUAUAUUUAAAAAUCUUUUUGAAUACAAUAUUUGCAUGUUGAAAAGAUUUGUAUUUUGUUGAAUAUAACAUAUUCAUAAAACAUUAAAAAUACAAUUUAUUGCAAAGUAAAAUAUUGGUGACGGGAUAAAUGUUUAAAAAAUUUUGAAAUCAGUUCUUAUAUGCAUUAUUGUUAUUAAAAUAUAAAUUAAAAUAUAAUCUGUAAUUCUUAAAUUUACAAAUAAUAGUUUAAUUAUUUAUGUAGACAGUUAUUAUUGCUUUUACUUUAUUAAUUUUUAUGUUUAUCAUUUUAAGUGUAAAUCUUAGCCAUUUUAAAUAAUUUUUCCUAGUAUACUAGUCAUUUUUUUUUUGAAAGAAUACUUUCAAAAUAUAUUUUUCUUAAUUUUGGCAAAAAUAAGUAUUCAUUUCUUUAAGUUUUUAAUUUAUUUUGAUAUAAUGAAUUAUUUUCUACAUUAUUUUUUUUUUUUCAUUUAUCUUGUUUUUUAUUUAAAAUUUUUUUUGUAAAUAUCUAUUCUAUUUUGUCAUUUUGUCUAUUUUGAUGUCACUCUCCUAUUUAUUCAAUUUUGGAAUUAGUAAAAAUAUUUUUUUUUAAUUUUAAUCUUAAGCUUUUUUUAUUUGUAAUGUAUCAAACUGUUACUAAGUUAUUUUUCUUCUUAACUUUUAAAUAAUUUGUUUAUUUUUUCUAUAUUCUUGAGAAAACAUCUUUUUCUAAUUGUAUAAGAAGUAUAGACUUCUGGGGCCAUGUUACCCGUCACCAGUUUAAACAUCAUCAGAGACCUAUUCAAGCUCCUCAAAUUCAUUAUCAUAACUGAUCAUAACUGAGAGUGCAAUACUGAUUAUUAUAAUAGUUAAUAAAUAGUGCUGAGACUGAUAACAUACAACCUCAGCUUUUUUUAUUAUAUAUAAAAAAAAAUUAUUUUUUUCAAUGCUUCAAUAAAGUAAUUAUUUUCCAUGUAGAUAUUUUAUAAUAUAAAAAUGCAAUUCUAGGAUUUCUUUCUGAUAUCUUUUAUUCUUCUAUAAAAAAUUAUUUAUUAAUUAUUCAAAUAUAUUAAGAUUGAUCAAUUUUCACUGUUCUAUAAUUAAAAAUUAUUAAUUUAUUGAAAAAAUUGAAAAAAUAAACAAUUCCUUCAUUAAAAUAAAUAAAUUAAAAUAAAUAAAUUUCAAUUGCAAUUCUUAUAAAAACUAAAUCAUUAGUUGAAAAUACAUUCUUAUGGAUAGUUCAUAAUAUCAAAAUAAGGCAGAUAAUUUAUAUUAAUAAUGCAUUUAAUUAGUUUUUCUUUAAUUUAAAAACAUUCAAUUUUUUAAUUUAAUUAAAAAAUUAAUUUGUAUUAUUCAUAAUAUAAGGAGAUAUUAAAUUAUGAUAUGUAAUCUUGUAAUAUUUUUUAAUAAAAUAAUAAUUUUCAUUUUAGUUUUAUUCAGUUCGGUUUCUUAUUAUUGAGUUAUUGAAUUAAUAUUAUUUAUUAUUAAAUUAUACUAUAUUUUAAUAUAUGAAUCAAUUGUAUCUGCCUUCAUAAAUGAAUCAUUUUACAUUUAAUCAUAUAAAACACAUAUAAUAGUAUAUAAAAAAAAACAAAUUUAUUAUAGUAUUUGUAAACUAAAAAAGAAAUAUUCAUAAAAUUGAUUUUAUUAUAUGUUAAAUAUUAUGUCUUUUUAUUUAGUUUAACUAAAUAUUAAAUCACAUUUUUUCAAAAACAAAAUAAAAAAUUCUUAGCAAAAUUGCAAUAAAAUAUAUUUUAUCUUUAUGUGCCCAUUUUUGAAAGAAAAGAAAAAUAUUAUUAGUAAUGAAUUGAAAAAAUUUGUAACAUAAAUAGUUUAAUAAUAAAAUAUAAAACUAAGUAGAUCCAAUUCAAAAGAAUGAUUAAUAAGUAAUAUAAUGAAAUUGAAUUUAUAUAAUUACAUUUUAUGCGAAAUAUUAAAAAUAUGUUACAUUACAAAUGUAGAUAUUAAGUAAUGUUGGAUUAUAUACAUUACAAGUUUUAUAUUAUACUAAAUUAUAAUUUGUAAAUCCAUUACACUCAAGUAAAUUGAAAUAUACAAGAUAUGCAUAUAUUUCUAUAUAAAAUUAAAUUUUUUUUUUUUAUGUAAGUUGAAACUAAAAAUUUACAUGGAAAAUUUAGACCAAAAUUUUUAUAACUUAAGAUUCUAGAGGAGAUUUAGUUCAGCAAUUAUUAUAUAGCAAAUACAGUAUUUUCCAUGGUGAUAGAAUACAUUGAAUUGCUUGUUGUUUUAGGCUGUGCAUGUAUUCUUUAAUUGCAAAUAAUCUAACAUCUUAUUUAUAUCUUCUUAUAUUUUAUUGUUAUCAGUUAAUUAAAAUAACAGCAUUGUUUACAUUUAUAUAUUCAAACAAAGAAAAGCUUUUAUAUUAACAUAUAUGAAUGUGAGUUAUGAAUGUGUGUGCGUAUUAUUUAUACAUAAUGUACAUAUAUAUUAAAUGUGUCAAAGUAGUUGUACAUACUUAUGUAUUGACUUUGUUUGUAAUAAAUUGACAUGUUACAAGUUUUA